AUGUCGAAGCUUUCCAGUAGCCUAAAGGCGUUAAUUAAUGCCCCUGCCGCCCGCCCUUUCACCGUACCGGCCCCAGCAAAUAUAACCUCGGUUUACCAGAAGAUCCAACAAACCGCGCAAUCGAAACAGAUCUCGCAGCCAUCAUGGGUCGCCCUAUCGACUGCAGCAACAAUGACCAUGAACUCCCCGGAAUCCCUUACAGCCCUGUACGAGGUCGCCAGCACGGACAAGCAAGUUGAAACCGCAGAGUUAAUCCGCGAAGUCGGACUGAAAUGCAUCAGUUUCAAUGGCAUUCCCCGCACAAUUAACUGUCUGGGUGCUUUCAAAUCCAGCCUUCCGGACUCGGUCACUGACAAGCUCUCGCGCACGCCAACCCGCGCACCCACACCAGAGAAUAUUUCCGGAAUCAGUGAGCGCGGCCAUGCACUCUGGGAUUCUAUCUACCGCCCUUUCGAGAAGAAACUAUUUAACAAACUUGCCGAGUCGCAUCCUGACUUGCCGGUGCAUAUCUUGCAUGCGAAUUAUGGCGCUUUGCUUUCCGAUCCGGAACGUAGCACCAGUGCGUCAGCGGGUCGGAUCCUGACUUCGAUCGUGGCCAUUGCGUGUUUGAGGGCACAGUCCGGGGUGGGUCCCCAGGUUACUUCGCAUGUCUUUGGAUUGCGAAAAGCGCUUGAGGAUGGGUCUUGGGUUGGUGAUGCCGAGGGCGAGGAAGGGGCACGUUGGUUGGCAAGUGAUGAGGGAAAUACUUGGAUCUUGGAAAGUGUUGAUUCUAUUGUUGAGGCUAUCGGUCAGGGUCAGGGAUCGAACUUUGCUCCUGUGCGAGCGAAGCUGUAA